AUGACAACUUACGAGACCGCUCAAAACCAGUUCAUCACUGUAGAUGGCAUCAAAUUCGCCUACAGACGCUUCGGCCAAACCAAUGGUGUGCCCCUCACAUUACUUAUGCACUUUAGGGGAACAAUGGAUCAUUGGGAUCCAGCCCUCAUAAAUCCCCUCGCUGCUAAGCGACCCAUCAUCAUGAUCGAUAAUGCUGGCGUAGGUCGUUCAGAAGGACAAGUUCCCAAACAGUACUUCUUAUGGGCGCAGUACUACAUAAAUGUUCUGCGAGCACUCGGCGUUGACAAGACUGAUGUAAUGGGUUUCUCAAUGGGCGGAUGCGCUGCGCAGCUUGUCGCCCUCAACGGACAAGGUCUUGUACGUCGUCUGAUUCUUUGCGGAACCAUGCCCAGCAGCGGCGAGGGUACGGUACCAGCACCCGACUUGACACCCUUCAACCUUCUCAGUGGGGCCAAGACAGAGGAGGAGCACAAAAAUGCCUUCAUGAUUAGUAUGUUUGGAACAUCAGCCAAGAGCAAAGCCGCAGGCGAGGCUGCGUGGAAGAGGAUCACAGGGGCGAGGAAGGACAGGACUGGGCAUGUUGAUCCGGACAAUGCUCGGCGACAGGGAAUUGCUUUUGCGAAGUUUAUGGAUCCAAAGCAGGCAAAGGAUGCGUCUUAUGAUCGACUUGAGGAGCUGCGCAUACCUGUCUUGAUUGCGAACGGGAGUGAUGAUCUUUUGCUACCAACGGAAAACAGCAUUGUCAUGUGGAGGAAAUUGAAGAAUGCACAGGCUCAGUUGCAUCUAUACCCUGAUUCUGGACAUGGGUUCCUUUAUCAGUAUGCAGAUGAGUUUUCUAAGCUGAUCAAUGUCUUCUUGGGCGAUGAACACAAGGUGUCUAGUCGUCUGUGA